AUGGAGAAAAAUAUACCCAUUGAUAUGGUAGAUGAUGAUGAACGCCGCUGGAGACAUUUCAACCCUGAAAUUCCUAAACGAUCUGGAAAAAUUCAUGAUUUGGAGAAGUUCGAUGCUACGUUUUUUGGUGUUCAUUUCAAACAAGCCCAUACAAUGGACCCUCAAACACGAAUUUUGAUUGAAACUGCUUAUGAAGCUGUGAUAGAUGCGGGUGUAAAUCCGAAAAGCCUACGUGGUACAAAAACUGGCGUUUACAUUGGUUCAUGUAUUUCUGAAUCAGAGAAAACGUGGUUUUAUGAAAAAGUAUCAUCCGGCGGCUUUGGUAUAACUGGAUGCAGUCGAGCAAUGAUGGCAAACAGAAUUUCCUACAGUUUGGGCCUGCAAGGUCCGUCGCUUUUACUGGAUACUGCAUGUUCUAGUUCAAUGUAUGCAUUAGAUAAUGCUUUCUCUGCUUUACGCAAUGGAGAAAUAGACGCAGCAAUUAUUGGAGGGUCUAAUUUAAUACUGCAUCCAUUUGUUACACUUCAGUUCGCUAG